GUUGUAGUACGAAUCCGGUCGCGCUAGGAACCAUGGCGGUGACCAAGGAGCUUUUGCAGAUGGACUUGUACGCGCUGCUAGGCAUCGAGGAGAAGGCGGCGGACAAAGAGGUGAAGAAGGCGUACAGACAGAAGGCCCUCUCCUGCCACCCAGACAAAAACCCCGACAACCCCAGAGCAGCGGAGCUCUUCCACCAGCUUUCUCAGGCCUUGGAGGUGCUGACAGACACUGCCGCCAGGGCUGCUUAUGACAAGGUCAGGAAAGCCAAGAAGCAGGCAGCAGAGAGGACCCAGAAACUUGAUGAGAAGAGGAAGAAAGUGAAACUUGACCUAGAGGCCCGGGAACGGCUGGCUCAGGCCCAUGGUAGCGAGGAGGAGGAGGAAGGUCGGAGCACCAGGACAUUAGAACAAGAGAUUGAGCGCCUGCGGGAGGAGGGGUCCCGGCAGCUGCAGGAGCAGCAGAGACUCAUCCAGGAGCAGCUGCGCCAGGAACGCGAGCUGAGGCUGCGAGGGAAGGCAGAAGAUCAUGAAGGCAAAGCGACUCCCAAGCUAAAGCUGAAAUGGAAAUGCAGGAAGGAGGACGAGUCCCAGGGCGGCUACUCCAGAGACGUGCUCCUGCGGCUCCUGCAGAAGUACGGAGAGGUGCUCAACCUAGUGCUUUCCAGUAAGAAGUCAGGCACCGCCGUGGUGGAGUUCGCCACCGUCAAGGCUGCGGAGCUGGCUGUCCAGAACGAAGUGGGCCUGGUUGACAACCCUUUGAAGAUUUCCUGGUUGGAGGGACAGCCCCAGAGCACAGCAGGGCACAGCCACUCAGGCCUGUCACAGGGCUCAGUGGUGUCUGAGAGGGACUACGAGAGCCUGGUCAUGAUGCGCCUACGUCAGGCAGCUGAGCGGCAGCAACUGAUGGCCCAGAUGCAGCAGGAGGAUGAGGCGGGGCAGCUCACCUAGUGCACUCCCAGCCCUCAGCCCUUUGCUUCAACUUUGCCAAUAAACCUUUGUGUUUUUUUUUU